CUUUGCAUUUCCUUCUUCUUUCAAUCUAAUUCUUUGAGAAUCUUAAUAUUUAUUAUAAUUGAGAACAAGCAUGGACGAGCGCGGAAACGAGCCUAUAGUCAUCAUUGGCAGCGGUUGCCGCUUUCCGGGCGGCGCAAGCUCUCCCUCUCUACUCUGGGAGCUUUUGCGAAAGCCCAGAGACUGUCUGACGGAGAUCCCUAAAGACCGUUUUAACUGGGAAGGAUAUCACUUUCCCGACACGGCACGUCAUGGCAGUACCAUAACCAAGUAUACCCAUUUUCUGCAGGAGGAUAUCCGGAAAUUCGAUACCCAAUUCUUUAACAUGCAGCCAGCAGAGGCAGAUGCAAUUGAUCCCCAACAGCGAAUCCUGCUCGAGACCGUUUAUGAAGGGUUAGAAUUAGCUGGUCUAACAAUUGAAGGACUUCAAGGCUCCUCAACGGCCGUCUAUGUCGGUAUGAUGGGCUGCGAUUAUGCCGACGUGGUUCAAGGAGAUAUCGAGUGCACACCAAAGUAUGCGGGUACGAGUACCUCGCGAAGUAUUCACUCAAACCGUAUUUCCUAUUUCUUCGACUGGCAUGGGCCGUCUAUGACCAUUGAUACCGCCUGCUCUUCCAGCAUGAUGGCUAUCCACCUUGCUGUACAGUUGCUGCGCAGCGGGGAGUCGAACGUGGCUGUUGCAUGCGGAACGAAUUUGAUCAUCACCCCUCAGAAUUUUGUUGUCCUAAGUAACCUAAACAUGAUUUCCCCCGACGGCCGCGCAAAAAUGUGGGAUGAAAGUGCAGACGGGUAUGCACGAGGCGAAGGAGUCGGGGCUAUAAUAUUGAAAACACUGAGUGCUGCCGAGGCAGACGGUGAUACGAUUGAAUGCGUGAUCCGCGAGACUGGCGUCAACCAGGACGGCCGUACCCGUGGUAUCACCAUGCCCAGCAGCGCCGCGCAGGCCGACCUAAUCCGAAAGACAUAUGCCCGAGCCGGGCUAGAUCUCACCAAACCUGAGGACCGACCUCAGUACUUCGAGGCUCACGGCACUGGGACGAAGGUCGGUGAUCCACAAGAGGCAGAGGCAGUGUUUAAUGCAUUCUUCGGGGACGAUUCGAAUGCAAGCGAGGAAGACAAUCUACAUAUCGGGUCUGUGAAGACGAUCAUCGGCCACACAGAAGGUGCGGCGGGUCUUGCAGGUGUCCUGAAAGCCUCGCUUGCUAUCAAGAAUGGCUAUAUCCCGCCUAAUAUGCUCUUCAACAGCCUGAACCCUGCGUUGGAGCCAUUUGCAAAAAAGCUUCGUCUGGCAACCGAGCUGACGCCAUGGCCUGUUCUGCCGACCGGUGCUCCCAGGCGGGCGAGCGUGAAUAGCUUCGGUUUUGGUGGUAGCAAUGGACACGCAAUUCUGGAAGGCUACAAUGCUAGGGCUACUGAGCAACGUGACCAGGAGAAGCCCGUGCUGGCAACUCCGUUUCUGUUCUCCGCACAAUCCGAACGGGCGCUUUCCUCCACCCUCCGUCAAUUCUCCGACUAUCUUAACCCUCGCUUCGAUGCUGACUUGCGUGAUAUUGCCUGGACUCUGCAAUAUAAACGGUCCACAUUUGGCGUCCGAACAGCAAUCACUGCCCUCAAUCGCGACGACCUUCUAUCUCAACUGAGCGAACGGUUGAACCCGACCGAAAAUCAAAUCGGCGUCAAGAACUCCCUCAAGCGAGAUGCUAGAAUCUUGGGCAUUUUCACCGGGCAAGGAGCCCAGUGGGCAGGUAUGGGUCAGGUGCUACUCCGAGUCUCACCUAAAGCUCGGGAGAUCGUGCGUUCGCUUGAUGAUGCGCUAGCAACCCUGCCCCGAGAGAACGACCGUCCAUCCUGGAAGCUAGAAGAGGAACUGAUGAAGGACCGUGAGCACAGUCGCGUUGGAGUCGCAGCCAUCUCACAGCCGCUAUGCACCGUUGUCCAGAUCCUACUCGUGGAUAUGCUACAUAGUGCGGGUGUGCGAUUCCAUUCCGUGGCGGGACACUCAUCCGGCGAGAUCGGGGCAGCAUAUGCCGCCAAUCUUAUAACUGCCCAGGAUGCUAUCCGAAUCGCAUACUACCGAGGCUUGUAUGCAUACCUCGCUGCCGGACAGGAGGGCCAGAAAGGAGCAAUGAUGGCAGUUGGAAUGUCGCUGGAGGAAGCACGUGAACUGUGCGAUGACUCCAGAUUCCGUCAACGUCUCUUUGUCGCAGCGUGCAACUCGGGUGCAAGCGUUACGUUGUCUGGAGAUCAUGAUAGCGUUGCAGAAGCAAAGGUGCUUCUGGACGAGAGCAAAAAGUUCGCCAGAGUGCUGAAGGUGGACACAGCGUACCACUCACACCACAUGCUGCCAUGUGCUCAGCCGUACCUCGAUGCACUGGCCUCAUGUAACAUCCGACUGGAAUGCAGAAGUGAAGACUCGCCAGCUUGGCUGUCCAGUGUAUAUCCCGGGAAAUCGAUGUCAGAUUCGCCAGAAAUAUCGGGCGCAUACUGGGUUGCCAACAUGACGCAGCCUGUUUUAUUCGCAGGUGCGCUAGAAACCGCCUUUGAAACCCAGGGCCCUUUCGAUAUCGGAUUAGAGGUGGGCCCUCAUCCGGCGCUCCGAUCGCCUGUACUCCAGACCAUUCAGGAUCUAGGCGCAGGAAAUAAGCUCCCUUAUGCUGGCACUAUGAUGCGGGAAAAGAACGAUAUUGAAGCUUUCUCCGAAGCCCUGGGACUGCUCUGGACAUAUAGCGAUCGGACCAUUGUCAAUUCCUUUCGAUAUGGCCAGACGUUUUUUCCCAAUCCUACCGAAAUGCCCGUGUUUGUCAAAGAUCUCCCCACCUAUCCCUGGGACCAUGAACGGUCCUAUUGGUUCGAUGCCCGCAGUUCAAGAGCUCUGCGCAAUAGACCCGGCCCAGUCCAUAGCUUACUUGGGACUACAUAUGGUGAUUCUGCGGAUGAGAUUAAAUGGCGAAACUUUCUCAUCCCUAAAGAGGUCCCAUGGCUGGGCGAUCAUCGGCUUCAGGGACGGGCGGUGCUUCCCGCUGCUGCGUACGUGAUGAUGGUAUGCGAGGCUGUACUCCUACAGGCGCAAGGGCAGGACGUGCAGUUGAUCGAGCUGUUUGAUUUGUCAAUCCAUCGGGCCAUUUCUUUUGACGACGAAACUUCUGCGGUUGAAGUUAUUCUGACGUUGUCGAACGUUGAUCGGACAAGCAAAAGCACGGACAAAUUCACGGCAGACUGGACCAUUCGUUCUCCCGCUAAUAAGGAGGCAGACAAGGCAAGAGUUGUCAGCAGUGGAUCUGUUUCGGUGCUUUUUGGACCAUCGAAUGCAAGCACGUUGCCCGGGCGUGGUGACCCACGACCCAACCAAGUGAACAUCGACGUCCAGGAAUUCUACAGUUCGCUCGCGGAGUUGGGUUACGGGUAUACUGGAGCGUUCCUGUCAAUGACCAGUCUCCAGCGAAAGUUGGAUCAUUCCUCGGGAACAUUUGCGCCACCCUCUUGUGACCUGGUGAUACAUCCGGCGCUUUUGGACAUGGCAUUCCAGGCUUUGUUUGCGGCGGUUGGCUAUCCUGGUGAUGGAGGGCUAUGGAGCUUACAUGUACCGACUGGCAUCGGGGCGAUCCGAAUCAAUCCGCACCACUUCCUGGGUCGCACGGAUGUUGCAGGUGAUAUGCCGUUUGAUGCAACUCUGGCCAGGACAACAGAGAGGACUUAUGUCGGUGAUGUAUCGAUCUAUAGCCCCAGUGGACAUGGCUUCUUGCAAAUUGAAAACGUGACAUCCGUGCCCUUCACUGGCGCGACAAUUGCUGAUGACCGAAACAUAUUCUCGGAGGAGAUCUGGGCGUUUUCAGGUCCUGAUGGAAGCUCUGUGGUGACUCAAGAGCUGGCGACAUCAGAUGAGCAGCAGUACGCCCGUGACUGCGAAAGAGCAGUAUUCUACUAUUUCAAGAAACUGGUGGCCGAGAUCUCAGCGUCCGAGGUACAUGGCGCUGCUCCGCAUCAUCAGCGACUACUGGAGUUCGCUUCUCAUUUUGUUUCGGAGGUAAUCAGUGGAAAGCGACCGCAGUGCAAGCCGGAGUGGGCAAACGACGGAGAAUCCGACAUACUUGCAGUAUUAAAACAGUAUCCGGACAAUAUUGACCUCAAACUCAUCAACUCGGUUGGAGAGGCUUAUCCCUCUAUUAUCCGUGGAGAAACCGACCAGCUCGAACACCUUAUCAAGGAUGAUAUGCUAGCCAGGCUCUGGGCGGAGGGACUUGGGAUUGAGGAAGCUAACACAUGGGCAGCUCGUUUGAUCAAGCAGAUAUCUCAUCGAUAUCCGCAUAUGAACAUUAUUGAAAUUGGAACUGGCACAAGUGGCGCUACCGAAGCAAUCCUUGGAUCCCUAGGAUCGGCGUUCAAGUCCUACACAUCGACUGAUUCUUCAACAUCUCUCUUUGAGAAAGCGAAAGAGAGAUUUUCUACAGUCAGUCAUAAGAUGGUCUUCAGACCAUUUGACAUAGAGAAGGCAUCAAGUGACCAGGGAUUUGAACCACACACAUACGACCUUGUCGUUGCGUCGAAUGUCACCCACUCAACGAAAGACCCAGUCCAGGCGCUGCAAAAUAUUCGUUCUCUUCUGAGGCCUGGCGGCUACCUAGUUCUUGUUGAAAUGACCGAGCAGGUUGCUAGUCGAAUCGGGUUCAUUCUGGGUGGCCUACCCGGUAGGUCGCAAGGCGAGGGAAACCACAAAAAGCUGCUUCCUGCCUUAUCCACUGCCGAGUGGCACCGAAUCCUCAAAGCGACAGGGUACUCUGGUAUUGACACGAUCGCUAUGUCAAAGGAAAGUCUUGCGCAUCCGUUCUCAGUCUCGGUAACGGAGGCAAUGGACGACCACGUUGCCUUUCUUCGCAAUCCCUUAUUUGUGAAGCCCAUUGGCUACGGAGGUCCAGAUGACCUCCUCAUUAUUGGGACCUCUACGCUUGAGUCCGCAAGACUAGCUACGAAUGUCAGCUCGAUAUUAAGCCAACAUUUCACAGCCAAUGUGAUUGAAACACUCGAAGAAAUACCAGAUGAGUUGCCAACAACAGUCCUCGUCUUGACUGAGCUAUGCAACCCAAUGUUCCAGGACAUGACACUCGCCAAGCUCCAGGCUGUGAAGCAUUUGCUCAGAGACAACCGCAAUGUAGUGUGGGUCACCCGUGGGUCCAAAUGCGCAGAGCCGUAUAGCAACAUGGUUGUCGGACUGGGUCGAUCUGCGAGCAACGAGCAAAAGGAACUUCGGCUACAGUUUCUGGACGUCGAUGAGGGCUGCACGUUAGAUGCGGGGCGUCUGUGUGAGAUGCUGUUGACUUUGCGUACCACCCAGGUGUGGGAGCGAGAGGGCACCAUGGAACAGAUCCUAUGGACCACGGAGCCUGAAUACAGACUUGAAGCCGACCACUUGUUGAUUCCACGCAUGUAUCAACAUCAGGCCCAAAACGAACGGUACAAUUCGAAGCAGCGUCAUAUAACACAAGAGCUGCCGACGGGAACAAACACGGUGUCGAUCAUCCAUGAUGUGUCUUCAAAGACGUAUCGCCUUGUCAGUGAUUCGAACAUCAGAAAUGUCUCCGUCCCUGAGAGUAUCUCGAUACGGGUUGUUUGCUCCUUGCUUUCAUCGCUGAAGCUUGCAGGAGGGCUUUAUCUGUUCCCGGUUGUUGGGAGAAGAAUAGACAGUGACGAGGUCGUCGUUGCCCUUUCAACGUCAAAUGCAUCAAUCGUGGACAUUCCGAAACAAUAUGUUGUCCCAUUCAAGAUGAAGGCUGGCAAUGAGAGGCAUCUGCUUAUCUGGGCGGUCUGGGAGUUGCUAGUCCAGAGCAUUCUAUCCAAGGCUCCUACAGAUGGAGGUAUCUUGGUCUUAGGGGUUAAGGAGCGACUACUGGAGCUUCUAUGUACCCGCGCCUCCCAACAAGGCAAAACCGUGUUCAGGAUAACGGAUGAUCCACUAUCGAACGCUCCUUCGUCGAUUUUCGUUCAUCCCAUGGAGUUUCAGAAGUCGCUGAAGGCCAAACUACCCUCCACUAUCUCUGCAUUCGUGGACCUUUCCGAAGACCUAGCACAGGGUAAUCUGCAUAAGCGGUUAGUUGCCAGCCUUCCAGCAUUCUGCGAGGUGGUCACUACAGCGACGCUGUUUUCCUCCACCUCGUCUUCCGCUUACUCUGAGGUUCCACCAGAGGCUUCCCUUCAAGCUCUGAUUUCAGGUGUCUCGGUGGACACAGAAUCCGCCUUCGAUGGCAACAAGCUUGAUGCAGACAAUUACUCUCUUCCUUUGCGACAGGUUCCAACGCUCAGUGCAGCAGAUCCGUUUCUCAUUGUCGACUGGGCUGCCGAGACACACGCACCAGUUGACAUUCAACCCGUGGACUACGGGAUCCAGUUCUCGAAAGACAAGACCUACCUACUGGUUGGACUGACCGGUGAUCUCGGACAAUCUCUAUGCGAGUGGUUUGUUCAGCACGGCGCAAGACAUCUGGUUCUGACCAGCCGUAAGCCCAAGAUAAGCCAAUCAUGGCUUGAUAGUAUGAAGGCAGCGGGUGCAAACGUCACAAUUUGCGCAAUGGAUAUCACAAGCAAGGCCUCACGCUUCCCGCCAAUUGCUGGUGUGGCUAACGCUGCGAUGGUCAUGCAAGAUAUCAUGCUGUCGAACAUGGAACUCGAAGAUAUGCUUCCCGUACUCAAGCCCAAGGUCGACGGCAGUCGGUACCUCGAUGACGUCUUCCGCGAUCAUGAACUCGACUUUUUCAUUCUCUUCUCAUCGGUAGGCUUUGCUAUUGGCAAUAGCGGGCAGAGCAACUACGUUGCUGCGAACGCAUUCAUGGCAUCAUUGGCAGCCCAGAGAAGACAAAGAGGUCUCGCCGCCUCAGUCAUGCACAUCGGCGCCAUUAUUGGCGCUGGAUAUAUCACCCGCGGUGGCCAUAUUACGUCUGCAGACUUGAACGCGUAUGGAGCAUACCCACUAUCCACCUCCGAUUUCCACCAGCUUUUUGGUGAGGCUGUUUUGGCCAGUCCUGCGAAUUCAGGACGCAAUCCUGAUAUCGUGAGUGGUCUCCGAACAAUUGACCCGGUUGUGGACGAUCGUGUGCUGUGGCGAGCGAACCCGAGGUUUUCUCACUUCUGGAGGGGCGAUGAGGAGCUGAAAACGGCCAAAGACGCGAAACGGACUGUCGUGUCUGUCAAGGCUCAGCUAGCAGAGGCGACAAGUAAAGAUCAAGCGCGAGAUAUUCUUCAAGAAUGCUUCUCUGCCCGCGUGGUCCUUUUGCUCCAACUUCAUGCCGAUGACAUGGAUGACAAUGCCCCGCUUAUCGAACUAGGGGUAGAUUCACUUGUAGCUGUUGAGGCACGGUCCUGGUUCACAAAGCAGUUAAAUGUUGACAUUUCCGUUUUGCGCAUUCUCGGGGGUGCCUGCGUUGUGGACCUAGUUGCCGAUGCCUUGGAGCGUCUUUCACCGGACCUUCUGCCGAGAUUGAAGUCUACUGAAGAUGAAAAGCUGUCAAAAUCCAGAGAGCGCAUGGUUGGCAAGGGUAGUGAAAAGAUCUUGGCUCCAGUCAAGAAUGCGCCUUCCGGGAAUUCCAGCGCGGAGUCAGUGGACGCAAGCUCUAGUGCAGGCAGUGUCGUUGAGACGCCUUCAACUGCUGGAUCAGAAGUCGACGAAAGCGAUGCGGACUUCAAACCCGUUCUUUUGAGAAGCGAACCGAUGUCUUACGCUCAGUCACGCUUCUGGUUUCUCCGUCAUUCGGUGGAAGACAAAACUGCGUUUAACAUUACAUUCUCGCAUAGCCUCAAGGGAGACGCUCAUCCAGUCGAGCUGGUAAAGGCCGUCCAGGAAGCGGUCAGGGUUCACGAGGGCCUGCGCACUUGCUUCUUUGAACAGGACAAUGUUCCCAUGCAGGGAAUCCUGCAGGCCUCCCCUCUGUAUCUGGAGCGAAGGGUCAUUCAGUCCGAAGACGAGGCAAAUGCCGAGUAUGACCGGCUCGCUCAGCACGUAUACAACCUCGAAGAUGGCCAAACAAUGCGCCUUGUUCUUCUGGAACAGUCCAGUCAACUUAGCUACCUAAUCGUUGGAUAUCAUCAUAUUGCGAUGGAUGGCGCUGGAUUCACAGGGUUCCUAGAGGAGAUCUUGCGCAUCGGAGGGGGCGAGAAAGUCCCUAAACCCAUCCAGUACGCGGACUAUUCCCGGCAGCUGAGGAACGAAGUUCAAAGCGGAAGCCUGGAUAGCCAACUGUCCUACUGGCGUGCACAACUGAGCGAAAUCCCAUCGGUACUUCCUUUGCUGCCAUUCUCAAAAGUCCAAACCCGUGCUCCGCUGCGGUCCUACGCAUCCAGCACGACCAGCGUGCGGCUAGACUCCACGCUGGUUGCCCGAAUCAAGAGACGAUCGCGAAACUUCCAGUCGACCGCAUUUCACUUCUAUCUGACUGUUUUCAAGACACUGCUGUUCCAACUGACCGAUGCCGAAGAUCUGUGCAUCGGAAUCGCAGACUCGAACCGAAGCGAUGCGGAGCUCCAGAGGACAAUGGGCAUUCUCGUCAACAUUCUACCAUUGAAGUUCAAAUCACAGAUGUCUAUGACCUUCGGCGAUGCUGUCAAGGAAGCGCGUAAGACAUCAUACGGAGCCCUCGAGAAUUCCCGGAUUCCAUUCAACGUGCUUUUGGAUACCCUUCCAAUUGAGAGAUCGUCGUCGCAUUUCCCCAUAUUCCAGGCCUUCCUCGACUAUCGCCCAGGUAUCCAGGAGCGUUGGACACUCCGCGACGUUGAGGUUCAGAGACUCAACUGGUCGUACGGAAGGAACCCAUAUGAUAUUAACCUCGAUAUCAUGGAGAACACAAGUGGGACCGCCUUCAUCACAAUGAAUGCACAAGAGUAUCUGUACGGCCAGGCUGAAGUGGAAACGUUGAUGAAAGCAUUCAUCAAUUUGCUUGAAGCUUUCUCACGCAAUCCUGCUCUGCAUCUCAAUGAACCGGCUGUUUUCAGCGAGCUGACGAUUCAAACUGGGCUUGAUUUGGGACGCGGUCCGGAUCUGUCGUCAGACUGGCCACCUACGCUCUCUCAGCGCGUACAAGAAAUUGCGAAGAUUCGUGAAGACAAUUUCGCUGUCAAAGAUAGAAAUGGAAACAAGCUCACAUACCGGGAACUGAUGCAAGAAAUGCAAAACAUUGCCAAUGCGCUUGCUGAGGUCGGCAUCACGCCUGGCGAUCGAGUAGCCUUGUUCCAACGGCCAACGAUAACAGCCAUCCCCUCCAUCUUGGCGAUUAUGCAAAUCGGUGCAGUUUAUGUUCCGUUGGAUCUUCGAAGCCCAGCUCCUCGUUUGGCAGCAAUAGUUCGCGACUGUCAGCCACGAGCCGUUCUUUACCAUCCCGCAACCGAAGCCCAAGUCCGAGAGGUGGUUUCCGAUGACGUGAAACUGGUCAAUACGUCCACCAUUCCUCGCACGGAGUCGAUACUGGUUCCGAAUGUCUCUCGCCCCGAGGCAGAGGCUGUGAUUCUAUAUACCAGUGGCUCAACAGGAACCCCGAAAGGUGUCAUCCUUCUACACUCGGCGAUCAGAAACGCGGUUGAAGGGCUAACAAAGCGGUUCAAUAUCGGUGCUGAGGUUGUCCUCCAGCAAAGUGCACUGACUUUCGACCUCUCCCUCCAUCAAACAUUUACAGCUCUUGCAAAUGGCGGAACCCUCCAUAUAAUCGACCAGGCCAAGAUGGACAACGCAGUUGAUAUUCCCAGGCUGAUCCAGGAAGAGAACAUCACUUAUACGAUGGCUACCCCGUCAGAGUAUUCGUACUGGUGUCGUUUUGGGGCAGUCCAUCUCGAAAGGGCCAACAAUUGGAAGUUUGCGUUGAGCUUGGGUGAGGAGCUCAAGUCCAAUCUCGUGCAGGAAUUCAAAUCCCUGAACAUUCCUAACUUACGGCUGAUUAACACCUACGGCCCAGCGGAAAUCACUAUCCACUCACACGCCGUUGAAAUACCAUAUCAGGAAGCAACUAACGACAGCAGAGAAGUAAUUCCUGUGGGCCACUCUUUGCCCAACUACUCGGUCUAUGUCAUGGACGAGUCUCUCAAGCCUGUUCCAGUCGGAAUGCCAGGCCAGAUAUGCAUCGGUGGUGCUGGUCUCAGUCAGGGCUACGUCAAUUUACCAGGCCUAAGCCAGGAGCAAUUCGUGCCGAACCCCUUCGCGACCGCUGACUGGGUUAAGAACGGCUGGGACCGAAUGUAUUUGACAGGAGACCGCGGCAGGCUCCGUGAGGACGGUGCCCUUCUGUUCGGAGGAAGGAUGAGCGGAAGCACUCAAAUCAAGCUUCGCGGCUUGCGAAUCGAACUAGGAGAAGUAGAGCAUGCCAUCUUGAAAGCUGCCUCGCCUGCUCUGAACGAGGUCGUUGUCUCGGUCCGUGGCGAUCCUGAGCUCCUGGUCGCCCAUGUUGUUUUCUCUCGGGAUCAUGGUAUUGAGGACGGUGCUGUAUACCUGAACCAAGUUCUUGGUCGACUACCUCUUCCCGAAUACAUGGUUCCCGCAAUGAUCGUACCCCUUGACCGGAUGCCAUUAACAACCCACAACAAGGUAGAUCGGAAAGCGAUUGCCGCUAUUCCUUUGCCAGCAAAUCCUGGUUCGCUCGAACAUGCAUCUGAACUGACGUCCCUGGAGACCGAGCUGGUGCAUAUCUGGCAGGUGGUGCUCUCCAACGAUUCGCUGCAUUUGGAUUCAAUUCCUCCCGAAACGAGCUUCUUUCGUGUGGGAGGGAACUCGUUGCUCUUGAUUCCGCUGCAGUACAUGAUCAAAGAUACAUUUUAUUCAUCGCUGAGCAUGGUGGACUUUGCAGAGUCACAUACCGUUCGGAAGAUGGCUUCCCGAAUCGAGCAAGCCAUGUCGAAAACAGAUAUCAACUGGACGGCUGAAACCGCCCUUGUCGAGACCUCGCCAACUCUCCGGGAUGAGGCCAAUCCUGCUCGUCGAACUGGGACGGAUCUCCGUGUUCUAUACACCGGCGCUACGGGACACUCCGCUCGCUUUGUCCUCCAGAAACUGGUAGAGGAUAGGCGCAUUUCCAAGAUCUACUGCGUCGCUGUGCGCUCAACGGAGAAGAACCCAGCUCCCAGACCACUGGCAAUUACAUCGGACAAGAUCGUUCAGUUCCCAGGCAACCUCAUCGACGAUAGACUCGGGCUAAGCGAAGACCAGCUCCAGUUCCUCACUGAAGAAGUGGACGUGAUCAUCCACAGUGCUGCGAACCGGUCCUUCUGGGACAACUAUCAGGUCAUGAAGCAGGUCAACGUGCUACCCGUACACACGCUAAUCCCCCUAGCAAUUCCGCGCAAGGUCCCAAUCCACUUCAUGUCCUCGGCUGCGGUCCACCUAUUCGACGGCCGCGACGACGAGAACUACCCCGAAACACGCGCCACGCAUACUCCCCCAGCAGACGGCAAACACGGAUACUUGGCCACCAAGUGGGCAGCAGAGAAGAUCCUCGAGAACGCAUCCAGCAUGUACGGUCUUCCUGUAUAUAUCCACCGACCUGCGCCCGUCGGUCAACAACCCGAGCGACUAUCAAAAGCGGUCGUGUUCUCCGAGUUCAUGAGAUUUGCCCAGGCCCUGAGACUUAACAUUCCUCGGAACAGUAUCCGAGGAACCAUCGAUCUGCUUGAUGUGGCGCGGUUGGCUGGUGCUCUGCUGGAUUCUAUGAUCGGAAGCACAGAGGAGAGAGACGGGCCUGAUCUCGUCCGGUAUAUUCAUCACUACGCUGAUAUGAAACUGCAUCUGGAUGAGUGGCAGGCGUAUGUGGACGAGCAUGUGGAGGAGUUGGAGAUUGACGAAUCGGAGACGCAUAACGCGACCGAGUGGAUCGCCAAAGCCAAGGAAAUCGGGUUUCCUUAUUUGUUGGCUGCUCAGAAUUUCGAUUUGACGGGGGAGAGCGCGUUGCCGAUUACGCAGAGAAGGUAGAGAGAUGUACACUUGUUUUAUGAUGAUUCUGAAUGUGAAGAUUAUUCUCAAUCCAAACCUGUUAUUUUAUAUUCGUUAGCAAUGGCCGACUUAUAUAUACUCCGGACCCUAU